AUGCCGUCGCACCUGCGUGGCCAGUCGAUGGGUGCGUCGCAGCAGUCGACUUUUCUGCAGCAGAAAAUCGCCGACAAGAAGACCGAGCUUGCCAACCUCAAGGACCUGCAGGCGUUGAGUGGAGGAUUAGCAGAUCAGAUGCAGAUGCUAGCUGAUAAGCUGCAAACACUCUCAGAUGGUACAGAAGCUGUUGCAGCAGUGCUUUCAAACUGGCAUAACGUGCUUCGUGCGAUCAACAUGGCUUCGACGAUGCUACCCAAACCCAAGGAAGAAGAUGAGGCAGAGACGAAGCAAGAGUUGGAACCUCCUCUACCACAAACCCUUGUCAGGAUUCCGACACAACAUGCACCCGCUGUGAUUGAGCAGGCCAACGCUGGUGCAGCCGCAACAGCCGAGUGA